CCAUGUCCAUAGCUGCAGAAUAUAAUCAGUUCUAAUUAAUAGUUUCUUUGGAUACUAUGUGCUCUAUCAAUUUCAAAAACUUAUAAAUACCUGAAAUUUUCUAGGGAGUACCUGCUAUAAGUUUUCACAUUUGAAGCUUAUUACUGGAGAUGGUUUUCAGGUCGAGCCAAUGAUAUCAGAUAUGGAUUUACAAAGAAGUUUGAGUGUUUUACAGAAUUAUCACGAGUCUGAAUGGGCUGGAGAUGACAGCCUGUAUUCUUCGUAUGACCCCAACAAUAAUGGACACUAUAUAUACACAGAUCCUUUGGACUAUCCUAUCAGGCCGAUGCAUGGUCAAUUUAUGCUGAGCGGAACAGAUUACCAUUAUACCACAAUGACGUGCCCGGGCAGCUCAGAUUUAGACGAUAGUCAUGAAUCAGAUGAUUCAAGUGUAAUACUUGAUCAAGUAGAUAUGGAAAUGAUAGAAUUUUACGAGAGAGACGUAGAAGAAAAGUAUUCACACACAGAACAGUUUCAACAAUCACUUAAUAGUGCCCCUUACCAACAACUGUGUAAACCCCAACAAAGUAACAAUUUACCGGCCUUCGAAACUUUAUUCAAAGGAAACCGGCAUUCCAAUAAUGUAAAUAGACUGAGUUCUAAUCACGUGAUGUCUGACUCUGAGGAUGACGAAGAAAGUAGCAGUAUUUGUAGAAAAGGGAAACGAGGUGCUAAGAACGUUUUGUUAUGGAAGUUCUUACUAGAAGAAUUAAAGAAGGGUAAACACGUGGAAUGGACGGAUAUUUCACAGGGGACCUUUCGGUUUGUCGACACGAGUGAAAUCAGUCGGCUGUGGGGAAAUAUGAAGCGAAAGGAUGACAUGAACUUCGAAAAGCUCAGCAGGGGAAUCAGACAUUACUACAAAAGCGGGUUUAUGAGUAGACAAGAAGGCACCAGACUUAUCUACAGGUUUAACUGGGCUAAAGUACCUAAAAAAUACAGACAAUACGACCCAAAAAGGGGAAUGACCAUCAAACAUCAAAUCGCAUAUUAAAACAAAUCAAGUAUUUCUACACAGAUGUGUUCAGCGUCCAUCAGUCACAAACAUUCAAAAAGUGACACAACAAUAUUUACUUAAUGCAAAUUAUGUCAAGAACAUGUUUCAUUAUCGUUUACAAACUGUUAUAUGCUUUAUUGAUUGGUAAUGAAUAAGAAACAUGAUUUCAUAAAUCUCAUUUAUAUUUGAGAUUGAACAAAAGGGUCGACGAAGAGUGCAAUUGUGUGUGUCGUGUUGGUAAACUGUCAGGGUUUAUGGCGACAUAUUAAUUCCGGUACUUUAUGCCUUUUUAAUGUAUGCAUGUGUUCAAGUGAUACAUUUUUGCAGAAUGAGAGAUGAUAGUGCUGUAUGUCAAGGGAGGAGAUCUGAAUCUGUGAUUUUUGUUGCUCGUAUUAUGUACAUAUUGUGUUACAAUGAAAUUAACACUGCCACUGUAUUAUACUGUUAAUUCGAGAACGAUUAAUUCACUUAUCGUUCUUCUUUGUUGAUUUUUUAAAAUUUUAUUAUGUAAAUAAAAUAAUAAAAAUAA